GCUGUUUUCAACUACAACACAGUAAAAUAACAAGUGUAAAAUGUGUUCUGGUCAGAUGUAGGUACAGUACUUUCCUGUUGAUUGAAACAAUAUGUUAUGUUAACAAAAUGUUGCUAACACCUCUUUCACUGUUGAUCAAAUUCUUUUUGAUGAACUAUGCAGAUUAGAUAGAGACUGAUGAAUAACUUACAGCUGACACAGCUGCAUUCAGAGAAUACAAAGGUCAAGAAAACAUGAAAUGUUUAUUGGUAGAACUUUGGCCCUUCAGGUCCACAGCAGGUAAACUGAGAGACUCUCGUCCUAAACAUUUAGCUGAAAGCUGAAGGAGACACCAUGUUCAGGAUUUCUUUGAUAAUUAGUGUUUUGCUGAUAUUCAGCAUCACAGCGAAGCCCUGGAAUAAACUUCCAGAUGAACCCUUCCAGGAAACUGUUAUGACCAUAGAUGAUGAAAGGAAGCCAUCUUUUAAAGUCCAAGUGGAGCCUCCAGAAAACAUGGAUGGAAUUCACUAUAACAUUGACCCCCAGAUGAGGAUUUGGAAGAGCAUGACAGGUGGUGGACAGAGCAAACAGUUCCUGAAAGCUGAGGAAGACUUGGAUGAGGUGUAUCACCCCUCAGUGCCUGAGCUGCUUCAAGUUCAAAAACAAAACCUGGGCCCUGCUGCCGACACCCAAGCAGAGCUACCACAGGAAGACGUCAAAGUCCAGUACAGGCAGGAAGCAGAAGAAGAUAGAGAUUAUAUCGACCACCCUGCUUUUGAGGAAGUGGCAGCACAAGAACCUGAGGAGAACUUGGAUGACGCCUACAACAAGGCAAGGGAGGAGCUGGCUGAAUAUUUGGUUCCACUAAUGGCCAAACACAAAGCUGGAGCACAUGUUGCCCCCUAUCAACCAGAAAAGGAUGAAGACCAGCUUUCACCUGUGCAGAUAGAUGGGCUGAGGCAUGAGAUGAGUGAAAGGAAGUUCAGAGUUCACCUUCAGCCGGAAGAGGACAUGGACGGCAUUUACCACAAAGACUUCCUCGUGCCAGUCUUUAAUCAAGACGACACUGAAGCUGCUGCUCCUGUUGAUUUGCCAUUUCAAGGGAAGUACAGUGUGCCAGAGGAAGAUAUGGAUCAUAUCUACCACCAGUAAGCCUACAAACAAGAGGCUGAUGGAGUGCAGCUCCAACCAAAUAAAUUAUGAGUGUAAUUUGAUUUUAUUAGUCUUAAGGAAACGCAAAUGUUUGA